AUGUACGCCGAGUUCGUUCAUAUAAUUGACUACUAUGUUAACCAGCUCUACACUUCGUGGCAAACUCGUCGACAACUCGAAGGUCGCAAAAGUUCGUGGUUCCGACCCUGGUUGACUGGAGACACUUCUGCGGAGUCGGCAGCUGAGAACGGCAGUUUCUUCAACGUCACCGCUCUACCUGACUUUUCGAAAUCGACACCCAUCUCAUCUUCGUUCAAUGGAUGGGACCCUUUGCGGAGUAUCGAAGAGCAAAAAGGUCCAGCACUGUUAAGAGACAAGAGGAAGCCUGGAAGUCUUCCAGUCCAGAAGCAGACCUCCUACCUCAGUAAUUCUUCUUAUCCGGACCGUCGCCGUCAGCAGUACCGUCUCGACCUCGACGCCUACUGGGAGAGGUACUGGGCGGAAAGAUUGUUAGCCUCGCCGUCGGACCGGAAUAUGCUGACAUCGGUCAUCAGCAACGACUCUGGAAUCGAAGAAAUGCCUUACAUUGAUGACGCAGAUGACUUGACUCCUAUUAUUUUGGCCCGCGAAUCCAUGCGAUACAAUGGACACGCUCCAGACCGGCAGCACUACUUCAGACACCACAAGCACCGUCGUGAGUCUGAUUGCCUUGUUAAGGAACUUGGGAAACUAGUUGAAGCGCAUUUGUAAGGUGAUGAGAGCAGAGAACAGAGGGAGUAUUUUUAGACGCCUUGGCGUGUUAUUCUUUGUUUUCUUGUUGCGAGUCUGUCUCUGUGUGUAGGAGAUAUCAGCUGUUCACAACGUAGAAAUCGUUUACGAUCGUUUAAUUCAUCGUGGGAAAGAGUAAAAAGGAGAAGAUAAACAAUAUUCGAAGUUUAUUGUAACUUUUUUUAAAAUUAUUUUCAGAUGACACGUUGGCUGGAAAAGUGCGGAAGUUUUGGGAAGAGGGCAGUGAACACUUGUGGAAGUUCUUCGAAGUCCACAUUUCGCGGAUUGUUUUCAUUGUCAUCGCGAUUUUUGUUUCCACCCAAGUAAGUUCUUUCCGAAAAAAAACUUAUUCAUUUUCGACUCAUCAAAAGUUUCAUAUUGAAAGUUUUCUCAGAUUUAUGCGCUUUACGUUCCGUUGAUAAUUCUGCUGUCGCUGGCCGUAUGUCUUCCAGUCGCCGCCGAUGGCAUUUUCUCCCUACUUAUGUGUAGUUAUUUGUUCCUCGUCGCCAUCGCCAAAAUGGUCUACCAAGUCAGUUUCCAGUCAUUUCGAUUCUAAAAUUAUGAAAUCUUUUUCUCAGCUUCCUAUUGUUCCUCCAUUGGGCUCGAUCCGAAGGAACAUGCUGACGAAAAAUUGUUCGACAAAUGAGACGGUUUCCGACUGGAUUGGACUGUUCAAAGAAGACCACACUCCUCUCAAUUUGCUCUGGGUACUUUUUCAUAUUUUUUUUUUCCGAUUAAAGAAUAAUAGAUCUUAGUGAGUCUCUCACUGAUAAGAUAGGCCCCAAACCAAUUUUUAAAAAUAAACUUUCAAAACUUGGGUUAUUUCGCUUACAAAACGGUCCAUUUUCAACUAGAGAAGUUUCCAUGUUUUUUCAAGCAGUUUUUUUCUUUUCAAAUAUUUUUUUUCUUUCAAAGUGUUUAGAUAAUUUUUGACCAUCGAAAUUUUAUUUAAAACCUGACAUUUUAAGGUAAUUUUUGGAGAGAAUUUUUCGAGUUUUCAGGGUCUGAUCAUCUCCGUGAUAGCGUUAGCCCUGCAAUCGAUCGUCGUCUACCGACAGAGACACUACCGGAUGACGCACGGAAUUCCAGAAGAUUCUCGCUUCAGAAUUUUCCCCUCUUUCCACAUCGACACCUACGAUCGAAGCAUCAUCAACGGCUUCAAGUUCCUUCUCGACUUUGGCUUCUACAAAUUUGGCUACGAGGUAUAAAGGGAAAUCAUGUUAAAUUGAACCUUCCCGUGUUUAGAUCUGCCUUAUCGUUAUGGGAAUCGACGCCUGGGUUCGUAUGGACGCCUUGGCUACCGUCCAAUGUCUUUGGAUCGCUCUUUUCGCUCUGAACCAAAGGUUGGAGUGUUUAUGAGGCUUUGAAUUCAUGGGAGCUUCAGAGCCGUCGCGAGAAGACUUUGGUACAUUUAUGUGGCUUACAUGGGUGUCAUGUUGCCUCUACAGUACAUUUCCUACGUUGGAUUGCCUCCUGACGGUUGCUUCCGUGAGUUUCGUAAUUUUUUUUUUAUGGAAAAUGGUAGGUUUAAUCUACUUCUUCUGUUGAGUUUAAUGAGUUUUUUUCUUGGUAAUCAUUUAUAAAAUAAUUAUCAGUUUCUGAAAAAAAUAGUCGUGAAACUCGUUUCAGUUGCAUUUCAUUUCUAUUCAAAUGAAAGAUAUUUAUUUUUCUUAGCUUGAUAUACACAGAGGAUUUUAGUUUUUUCUGAAAAAGUUGAUUUCUCAACAUUUCCUCGAUACCGCAUAUGAAUAUUAAAGUUUUCCUUCCUUCGAAAGUUUCUUUAAUAUAAUUUCCUCAAAAUUUUCAGCCUAUCCAUGGUCCAACUUGCUGCCGAACAAAUCGCCUGAAGCCAACAGGAACCUGGCCGUUUUGUUCGGACUCUCGACUUACGACGUCGAUUGGCCGGCGAGCUACCUUCUCAUGGAUUUCUUCGUCUUGCUCCUGGCCUCUUGUCAAGUUCGUAGUCGUCCCCUAGCUCAUCUGAAUUUUCGAUUCUUCAGCUGACAGUUUUUCGAAGAGAAGGAGAGGACAACGACUCGAUCUACAAGGACGGCGACUACUCUCUCAAGCCAGAAAAUCCUCGUUACGACUUCAUCGACAUCAAGAAGUUGGUGUCUUCAUUUUUCAAACGUCAGGAGAAAAUAAAAUCCAGAACUUCUCUACUUGGAGCAAAUCUGAGCUUUUGAGCGAAUGAAAUUUUAAUCGAUGAAAAAGAUAGAUAAAAUUAAGUUUGAAGCGUUCAUCUUCAGAAAGUCAUAAAAAAUAGACGUUUGAAGGCUUCUAAAAAUAUUUAUCUAUCAUGUUGAUGAGAUUUUAAAAAGUAUCUGGACAUAAAAGUAUAAGUUCAGUUCUAUUUUAAACAAGUUUUUAUAAAAAAUAUAGUGAAAUUUGUGUGGGUCUGAGGUUGAAGUGAGUCGAAAAUAGUUACAAAAGAAAAAAAUAAAAAAAUAAUUAGAUAAGUUGAAAAGCUUCCCGUUUUUUUAACAUAGUCGUUUUUUUAUCAAAAAGAAGCUUUCUCAAUUCCUAAAAACUUUUUUUAUUAAGAAGCUUUGUUGACUACGUGAAGGUGAUCGUAUUCCACUACGGCCACUGGAUCACUCUGAUCUCGACUUUGGCCGCAGGAAUUGCGGGAACCUCGUUCUUCGCCCUGGGUAACCGAUGAGAAUUGAAUUUCGAAGAAGAAAACGUUCAGGAUACAUCGUUCUGACUCUUCUUUUGCUCUGGAAAGGCAACAACCUCUACGUGAUGAACUCUCACACGCACAAUUUCCGGACGACGUUGGCCCGUUGGAACGUCAUCUUGGCCUACACGCUGUUCACUAUCUUCAUGAAAGUCGUCCUUCAGGUAUCUCAUCCUUAAAACAGUCCAUCUGAUUAGGUAAAUAUAAAUAGGAAAUUUAAAGAAUCACCAGAUGCAAAAAGGUGCUUGUUUCACUUCCAGUUUUUUCUUUGAAAGUUCAUUCAUCCGUUUGGUUUUAUCCAUAUCUCCUGUACACUGCUCUAUCUUCUUUUUUGUGCGCUAAACACGAGAAUUUCUUGACUUAUUGAAUUUUUUGCUUUAUUUUGAAAAACAUUUAAUUCAGCUUGUCGGCUGCGUUUUCCUUGAUUGGUUCAAUCCCAGUACACCGUCUUAUGCCAGAGUUUUAUGCGUCAUUCGCCAGCUUUUCAGGUUCGAAUUUUAAAUUUUAAAGUUUCAAAAAUGUAAUUUACAGUGUCACUUGCGUUAAUAAGUUGUGCGUCGCCCUGCCAGAUGUUGGAGGUUUGUGAUUUUUUUCUUCUCGGAAUAGACAGGAUUCAAAAAAAUCAAGAACUUGUUAAAUUUUUUUACAGCGCAAGGUUGUGUUUUGAAAAAAUGUUUUCUUUUAGGAAACUCGGACUUUGAGAAAAGAUGCGCGGUUGAAACGAAAGAAGCUCAAAUCGGCUUCGAUGUGAUCGCCCUCGGAUUCCUCGUUUUCCAGAUUCGAGCCUUCCAUUCUUGGUUUUUAACUUUUCUCAAUGAAAUCAUCAUUUUACCUGUUCUUUCUAGGUAUUUCCAACACUGCAUGGUUGAAUAUCGAUCUGAAGUCAUUUUGGCCAAUCGGUUUGUUUCUUUUUCUGUUGAGCUCUUUAUGAGUUUUUUUCAUUUCAUUUUUAUAGUCCUCGACUUGGAACUACGCAGUAAGUUUGCAUUGGCGGGUGUGACUGGUUAUCCCCUUACUUUUUUUUGAAUUUUUGUUCCAAUUUUGAUAGCGUUUUUAUUGGAGAAACAAAAAUGUCUCAAUAAAAUAUUUGUGUUCAUUGGGAUGCUACGAAACAAUACAUUUGGUCAGUUUUGAAGCAUUUUCGCUGCGUUUCGAGACACAUUUUGUUUCUACCAAUGAAUGCGUCAUACGUUUGAAUGAGUUUAUUCAACCAUAUGAUCGUUAAAAAUAAGGAAAUGUUGAAAACCAAACCCAUUCAGUUUAUGGAGGCCUCAAAAAAUAUCUUUAUUAUGUAGAUGCAGUUUUGAAGUUGAGAACGAUUUCAGUGGCGCUGUGCUAAAGAAUCAGCUGAUCGAGAAGGAAAUGAAAGAACAAAAUGAGCAGCAAAACGCCAAAUUCAACGACAUCAGAAGAAGGACCGAGGCCAUCCGUGAUAGGUUCGGCUUUUUUUUUCUUAUUCCUAACAUCAUAAAAAUUUUUUUAGUGAAAAGAGAUAGUUUUUGCAAUUAUUUAGUCGCUUUUUAUCUCAAUGUUCAGUCUUUCAGUGAGAAAAAAUAGGUGUAAAAAAAGUUGAUGAUAAUUAUCAACUUUUUCAGUUUUUGGAGAUAAAGUUUUUGAGGCAAAGCUUAAAAAAAUCAACGUCUUAGUUCACAGUUUCCCCGGAUUUCAGAUACCGCCGCCAACAAGAACGUGGCGAAGCUGCGGCUGUGAUUGAUCCAAAGACCUACGGACAAGGUUUCUUUUUCUUUCUAAUGAAUCCCAAUAUUCUGUAGAGCCUGAAUCUAUUGUUAAUGUCGUGCUGUUUUUUCGGCCUUUUUCAUCUAUCUUUCGUUUUACUUCUUUGCCUGAAAACUCUGAACUUUCUACAAUUUUCGAGUGGUUCUCUAUCUUUUUGGGUACAUAUUUCGUGAAUGCUUUGGGAAGUUUGGUAGUUUUGUCAUGUCGUAGAUUUUUGAAGGAAUGAUUACGGUUUCUUUGUUCUGUACGGGAAAAAUAUUUUUUUUUCUGUAAUUUUUUCACUUGGUGUUUCAAAGCCUAAGUUCAGCUAUCACUAGGGAUGUAGACUUCAAAGUCUGGCUCUGAGACUAAAGCUAAGAAUAAGAAAAAAAAAUUUCGAAUUUUUUGUAGUUUCCGAGCUUUUUUUGCCUUCAAAACCAUGACAAAGGCCUAAAAUUAGAGAAAAAAUGUAGGGUUGAAAAAUGCAUCUAACUUUCACCUAGAGCCCCAAUCUAGACAACUGACCAAUCAAUAACAAGCAUAACCGGCAGUAGUUUAAUGUUGAUGACAGACUUCGCCGUAGACCGGGACGACCCAUUCCCGUUCUACGACCCUCGGAAUCCCGGUUGGUUGGACCAAAAGCCUUUUCGACCUCUUGAGCACCUCGAAACGGCUUCUUCGAGUUUGGUUGCCUCUGGCGCUUGAAUCCCCUCAGCUCAACCCAACCAACCUAGAAGAAAACACCUGCUUCCGCCUACUAACUUGGCCGUUUUCUUGGUUUAAUCAACUCAACUUAGUUUUGAGAAUUAUUUACGAAGAUGAAGAUAUCAAAAAGAAAAAUCUUGGGAAUUCGAAACUCACGGUCAGUUAGCGGGUUACUGUGACAGAAUUUGGGAUAAUUCGUCAGUGAUUACUUGAAUUUUUUGGUUGUGGUCUUAGAUGGGAAAUGAAAAAGAAAAGCUGAGAACAUAGAACUCUCAUUAAAAUUCCCUUUUUUCUAGUGAGAUCAAGCAUUUUGGUUCUUCUACCUUCACAGAUACUAGAACUGUGUGUGGCAAGAUAAAAGUUCAUUCAACGAAAGUUUGAGAACGUAAUGGUUUUGUUCUUUUUUAUUUAUUUGUUUUUUUUAACACCUCUACUCUAACACUCAUCACUCUAAACCUUCCACACCAUCUUCUACAAACUCUCUAUCUUUCCAUUAACAAUCCUCCGAGCACGUCUAACAUGAGCAACCCGCUUCAUAAAUCUUUUUGCUCUCUUCUUUUCGAAUACUAUCUUCUUUUGUUUUACUUUUGCGUUAAAUGCAUGAGUUGAUUUUGAAAGUGGAAAUCGAGAGGUUCAAAUAGAGCUUCGACAUUUCCGAAAGGAGAUUAUGGGAAUUUGAACGUUGGUUUUGCAGCGAAACGAGCCGGAGACUACUACAUGUUCAACUACAACCCCGCCAACGACGACCUCGUCGUUCCAGUCGAAAGUUUUGUUCCAGAAGUCGAUCCUGACGCCACCACCUACGACCGACUUGACCCUGGACAGGUUUGCCUCUUUUCCAAUUUUUCUGCUUUAAUAUGUCUUAAAGUUUUCACACGCUUUUUUUCAUUUUUGAGACGAUAUACCUUUGCAAGUUUCUAAAAAUCUUCUAGAUAUCCCUAAACUUUUAGUAGUAUUUUGAGGACUUCAAAAUUGUUUUAUCAGCAGCCCUGAUGAUUUUUAGUUCAUUGAAAACAGAAUGAAGGAUUUCAGUUGAUGUACGCAGCGACAAGCAAAGAUUUGGAUCUAGCCAAAACAAUGGUGGCAGUGAAGAAAGGCGAUAAAAUCAAAGGUGUCGAGGAGAAAAUGAUAGCCGUCAUCAACGAUCCCCGAGAUGUGGUGAUUAUUCUUCUCAAACAAGCCUAACUUUCUUCUUUCCCUCAGACUCGCCAACCUGCCGGGGCUGAUGAGACUCGAGAAACCAGCGGCACGCCUCCGCCUCCAAAUGGUAACCAUUCCAUCUUUCGUUCCAUUCCAAACGCGGUCUUCAGAUGAGUCGCAAGUCGUGACGUUGGCCCGAUUCCUGCAGAAGAUGAUCGUGAGCACGAUGGACAUGGUCAGCGUCCAGCUGAACCGACUUUGCCGCGAGCAUCGCUACGUCGGAUUCGUGCUGAGGAAGGAGAAGGCCAAACUGAAGGACAGCUACGCCGAGGUUUCUCUUCCCAUUAUGAAUCAUUCCUGAAUGAUCUCUUCAGUCGUUGUCAAACACGAGCAGAAAACUUACCGAGUUGCGGACCGACCUCGACAUGUCCACCUUGCAACUCGUCAAUAGCGAAAACGACGUUGAACGGUUUUUUUUUCAAUUUCUGACAAAAACAACUGUCUAGAUCAAACAGCUCGAAAGAAGAGCACGUAAAAUCUCUUUUUUCUUUGUUCUAUUAAUAUUAACGGUUUUUAAAGUCGGUGCUCCUGAACUUCCACUUCAGCUUUUUUAGAAUUCAGUUUAUGCUGUGUCUUUUUAUUUGAAUCAAUGGCUUGCCUUAAAUAACUCACUCUGUCCUUGCAGAAUGGAAACGGCCGCAAACUCUGACUGGCAGUCCAAGUCGGUCUUCGCCAGGUUCGCCAACGCUCUGAGCAGCUGCGCCGCCGCCCACACGGACCUCGUCUGCUACUUCUUGGCCGUGAUGGUCCAGAUGAAGGAUGGAGGUGUGCAGACCACGUUUCCUCUCUUUCAUCUCACCUUUUGAGGUCUGAUCACUCUGCCUCUGCCGCUGAUGGUCUUCUUGUGGGGCACCCUGUCCAACCCUCGGCCGAGCAAGUUCUUCUGGGUCACCAUGAUCGCCUACACGGAGUUCGUCAUCAUUGUCAAGUUCAUCUGCCAGUUCUCCUUCUUCCCGUUCAACACCACCGAGUACAUCAACGAGAACAGCAUCAAUCCCGUCGCUCUGGAUAAGGUAUCGAAACGAAAAUUGGCAGCGACCCAGGAAAAAAGAUUUUGCAACUGAAUUUUCUAAAAUUUAAUUUUGAGCUCCACCCGAAAAAAAAAACUCAACGGAUUCUGAGUGAAAUUUUCGUAUAUUGAGAGAAUUAAACCCGAAUAAUUUCAUUAAAAUGUCAAAUCAUGCUUAACUUUAUCAAAGCGGCUUUCUCUAAAUUUGUGGCUUUUCAACCGGUAUAGAUGAAAAUUUUGUUGAUAAAUCUAUUCGUCCUGACUGGCUGAUUCUUUUUUGAUUCUGAUAAAAAAAAAUUCAUUCCUGUCAUAUUCAGAUAUUUGGCGUAGUGAAGCAAGAAUCGUUCGCUUUGUGGGACAUCGCCCUUCUGUUCUCCCUCUUCUUCCACCGCUACAUGCUGCGAAAGUUCGGGCUUUGGAAAGACGCCAAUCUGACGGAAACGUUCACUGUCAUCGGCGUCGCUACGGAGAACACUUCGGUAGAGGAAAUCGGAAGAAAAUUUCUAUUGAAAUGUUGAGCAGUCGCCUCUGGAACCAGCCGAAGAAGGAGCUCCUCUGCCGGCGCCUGUACCUCCUCCAACUCAAGAAAACACGACAGGACCCAUCGGACGGUUCAUCGGACAGCUCUUCCAUCCCAAGUUCCGCUACAUCAGGUAUCAGAAGCAUAUUGAUUUGAUUGAAUUUUGCUCAUAAUCCGACGGAAAUUUAUUUUUUGGCUUUUUUUUUCUCCAGCCGGUAUCUUAGUUCCUUGAUUUGCAGAGAUUUAUACCCGGUGAUGUUCGCGCUGGACGUCGUCUGCUUCUUGAUUAUCACCAUCGGCUACGACGGAUUUGGAGAAGGCGGCACCGGCAACGUCAUCGGCGACAUCAAGGUCUCUCGAGUCGUCGUCGACGUAUUCUGAGUCCUGCUGUUUUCAGAACAGCCGAAUCCCGAUCACUCUGGUUGUCAUGCUCAUCGUCAUGACCUUAGCGAUCAUCGCCGACCGCGCCUUGUACCUCAGGAAAUGGGUCUUCGGAAAGCUCAUCUACCAACUCAUCACAGUCGCCUUCAUUCACGUCUGGAUUUUCUUCGUCCUUCCGGAUAUCACGCGAAGGUUUUCGAGGCCAUUGGUUACCAUUUUUGGCGGUAGAUAUCCGGAUUGUUUAGCUUCUAAACAGAAGGCAGAUCUUGAAUAAACCGCUGCCUUUUUUCUGGAUAUUUGGAGUUCAGGGGAUCGAAUCCACAUAGAAGUAACCAGCGUGAACUUUCAGAUUUAGAGAUAUGACAUUUUUUAAAUCAGCUUGAACCCUAGCUUUAACUUUCUUUCAUCUUCUCUUUGCAGAGCGGCCAUCUCCAACGUCACCGCCAACUUCCUCUACGUCAUCAAAUCUUUGUACCUUCUCGUGUCGGCGUGGCAAAUCCGCAACGGCUACCCGCAGCUGUGCAUCGGAAACCUCCUCACUCAUUCCUACGGCAUAAUCAAUUUGGCUUUCUUCAAAAUGUUCGUACUUCCUGCUCAUCUCAAAACAUUUAUACACAUUUUUCAGUUUCAUGUUCGUUCCCUUCUUGUUCGAGCUGAGGACGGCGAUCGAUUGGACCUGGACCGACACUUCGAUGCCGCUUUUCGACUUCUUCAACAUGGAAAACCUCUACGGCAUCAUCUUCAACAUCAAAUGCCAGCGCAGUUUUGAAAAUGUAUGUUUUUGAAAAAAGUAUGUGAAAUUUUUAAAAAACGAUAGAAAUUAGGUAUAUGAACAAAAGUUUUUACGGGAGUUCUUGAAACUCGCAUUUUGCAGAACUAUCCAGCGCCUCGCGGACAAGCCAAAGGCGUCGUCAUGAAAUAUCUGAUGGGCCUUCCCUUGAUUCUCGGCGUCGUCAUCCUCGUUUGGAGUCCGCUUCUCGCCUUUUCGCUUUUGAAUCAACUUGGUCCGGCUUCUGGUUCAAAGUUCUUAGAAAUAUCAAAUUUUUCCAGGCGAAGUAUCCAUGCCACAACGGGUCCGUCUGACCGUUUCCAUAGAAGGCUACCCGGUUGGUUCCUUUUUUUUUCGUUUUUAUGAUACAAAUAAAGUGAGAAAAACUCAGGAAUACAAUUUUUCUGGGAUUUUUCAAAGACAUGUUUGAAAAUUAGAAUGUUGAUUUUCGAAGCUUUCCAAUUUAAAAUGAAAGGAAAGCCUCAUUUUAAUAUUUCGCGUUUUCAGCCGCUCUACCAAAUCGAAGCCCAAGGAGUGAAUAACGACGAACUUCGCUCGAUUUCGGAUGAACAACUGCAAAUGUUGAAUGCUCAGUUCACUGCGAGGUUUUAAGAUUUGUUUUUCUCACACUUGAUUAAUAUUAUUUUCCUCAGAUAUGACCCAAAAGAUCCAGAAUCGAUACAACGCUCCCGACAAGCUAUAGCCUACCUCAAAGAUUACAAAACCCAAGAUAUUUUGGUGCGCUUGAAGUCUUUUCUUUCAAAAAUACGAUACUUUUCAGAUCGUGAAACUGCGGCCUGAAUCACAGACUUAUUGGCCGAUUUCUCACGAAGCUGUCGACGCUAUUGUGUUAGUAAUAUGGAAAAUUUCGAUGUUUUGAGACCAAUUUUCAAUCAAAAUUCAACUUCAUACUCAGUUUUUCUUUUGUUGCAGGGAGAAGUUGAACAACACGAACAUGGUGAUCAACUACAUGGUGGCGAUCGAGUUCACGCGUCCCUACGACCAAGAAAAAAAGACGGCGAUCAAACAUGAGGCCAAAUGGAUUGUAGAAAUACCGCAGGACAGGGCGACUCGAGAAAACGUCAUCCACGCCCUGAGAAUGAACUCGACUACUAAUAUUGUAUAACCUUGCAACAAUUUCUAACAAAAGAGGCAAUUUUGUAGCUGAACAUUCCACACUCCUUGCCGGCCUACGUGCAAGUGCCCAACGAAGGAGAAGUCCAAGGGCCGGAACUCAUCGGCAACUCCAUCAUGGAAGACGGAAAGACGAAGCUGAACAAGACCGGCGUGCCGAACAACCAGCAGAACACCCUCUGGUACGACUCCCUCAACCUCACACUCAGCACCGGAUCCAGCGAUGAACAGGUAUCAGUCGAUUUGAUUGUGUUUCUACAAUACUCUCUCGGGUGAGCCGAAAUUUUGAGAUGAACUUUAUGAAAUCUUAAAUUUUGCUGUACUUCUGGCUUGCUUUUUCCGAUGCAUAAAAAAAAGAUGUUCAAGAGAAGAAAAAAAUUCAUGCUUAAAAAUUCCAGAAGUUGUGGAAAGCAAAAGCAGUUCAUCCGCUGGACGACGGCGUCUUCCUCAACACCACAAUCACCAAGUACAGCAAACUACCGUACGUGCAGAUCGUGGCGUUCGUCGACCGCGCCUUCCCACGUCUUCUGGCCUCUGCCUUCAAGGGCGGGUUCGUCGUCACCUUCUUGAACCAAAGAUAAAACGUCUCCUUGCAGAGUCUUGGCCAUGUAUGCCACCAUCCUAUUCGUCGUCGGACGAGGAAUCGUCCGCGGCCUGUUCACGAUAUCGCCCGCCGACAUCAUGUUCAACGAGAUUCCCAAUCCUGACUACUUGCUCAAGAUUUGCCUUGACAUUUAUCUCGUGCGAGAAGCCAAGGAUUUCGUCCUGGAACAGGUGUGUCAUCCAUUCUUGAAUCUUCAUGUUGAAAUACUACCGAAUGAGAAUAGAAAAUCUAAGAACCUCUUCAAAGGUCGCUUCUAGUUAAUCUUCAAGAAAAGAUUUUUUUUUGAAUUGAUUUUGAAUUUUCUGACCUUUACCUGAUACACAAAAGUUUAUUAGAGCAGAUUUUGUGAAAACUGCAUAGUUCGAAGUAAAGUUACAAGAACUUCUAUUUUUUUAGUUACUGAACAUAUUUGAGAAUUUUGUAAUUAAAUCAACAAACAAUAUUUCUCAUCAAAAAUCAAACACGAAGCCCACUGUUUCCAGGAUCUGUUCGCCAAACUUAUAUUCCUGUUCCGAUCACCGGCGACGCUCAUCGAAUGGACUCGUUACAAAGUUAAAGCCGACUAAAUUCUCCACAUUUUUUGUUAAUUUUCCUGUUUUCAUGUAGCCUUCAUUCCACCGUGUAAGGGAUCCUCUUGCCUUUCUUCCUCUAAACGACGAAGUGAUCAUUUAUUUCCGCCUUUCACUCCUGAUAGGGUUUUCCAAUUUGUUCCUUCCAUCGACCACUUUCCACCGAUUCAACGAACUCCCCUCUUUGUUAGACGUUUACAUGUUAUUUUUUCAUCAUAUCGUUCAACUUUGUUAACUUUUCUUGCUUUUCCGAGGUUUUCCCCCUUUCUCAUGAUUAACCAAACGAUUUCGGGUAACUCUUCCUUACCUUCUAUUUAUAUCAGUUAACUUUUUCUCUCUUCAAAUGUUGUCCUCAGUUUCAUUGCGUGUUUUAUGUACCAUCUGUUUGUAUGUAUUUUUGUCACGGCUUUCAGUAAAUUUUUUGAUUCUUUAAGAGUUUGCGAGAUCAAAUUGAAAAAGCGCUAUUUCGAGAAUUUCCUGAGAUUUGCAGAAUUCUCCUUAUUUUCCAGGUUUAUCAUAUUUUGUUUUUCAUUUUUCGUAACUUUCUUGGGGUGAUUAUUUGGUUAAUCCGUUAAUAGUUGCAGUAUAACAUCCAAAAUUUUCAACGGAAGGAAAAAAUCAAAAAAAUAUGAGAAUAUGAGACAGAGGAGGGCUGAAACUUUUUCUUUUUCUCUCGAAUUCUCUUUAAUCUCGUCAACUACAAAGUCAAAUUUUAAAAGACAAAAAAUACAAAGCUCUCCGAUUUUUUAUUCCAAAACCGUGUAUUUUUGAAAAUAGGCCUUGUUUCGCACAUAAAAUCCAGGCUACAAUGUAGCCUGGACAGGUCACUUCUGACCACCCUAUCGGUCACUAUUUCCUCGGCCCUUUCGGAAUGACAGCCGCCUUGAGGAAACUCAACGUUCUUUAUUGCCAUGGCCUCGGCUCUUCCAUCAACAAUCGACAUGGAACUCAGCUCGUCAGCUUCUUCCAGAACCUUCCGCACAAUUUUGAGAGGUUCCUUUUUCCUCUACAACUGAAUAUUUGAUAGGAACACUUUUUAUUUAUCCAGGCUGUUAUAUCGAAAUCCAGGAUCAAUCGAUAAACCUUGGAGUAUAGUGGAAUGGCGAGAGGAUAUUGAAAAACGAAUCGGUCAGUUUUAGCGCGUUUUCGGCCAGCAAUUUAUUCGUUUCUGUAUUUUAUCUUUUUUUUUUCUCUAUCAUGUUUGAAUUUAGAAGGACAAAAAUUCGUUCUGAUCGCUACUAGCGCGUCUUCUCAUGCCGCUCUGAACAUCGCUAAGGCGAAACCGCAAAAUGUUGAGGUUUUCUUUCACAAGGUCUUUUUUCCCGAUUCGAAAACCUCAGGGACUUUUCCUUUUGUGUCCCGGGACGUCUCUCGACUUCAGUUACGUCGACAACGUCGCUCCCAACGGCUUGAAUGUGAGGCAAAUGUCAAAAAUGAAGCACAUUGAAAAAAAAUAAAAUAAGAAAUCAAAUAAUGAAAAACGCGAAAAGGCUGACAUUUUUCUGAAAUAAAAAGAGUUUUUCUCCAUCAUCUCGAAAUGAUCUCCUUCAGGCCCUAAUCCAGGAAGGCGAAAUUAUUCACCCGGCUUCUAGAAAUGGCCACGCGGCUCUUAUCACUAUCAAGUGUCUACAGCAAUAUCUGGAUGUUUGUUUUGUUUUUAAUUUUUGAAAGUGAUUGCUUCAAUUUGCUCAAAAAUUUGAAAAAUCAUUGUCUUUAUAUGGAAGAAAUAAGACUGUAUACGGUGAAAAAUUGCUCCAACCCUCGCAAAAGGAAAUCUCAAAGUAGCAUCGGUAACUUGGAAAAUUUUGACUUUUUUUCAUUUUUCAUUAUUUUUCAGUUCAAAGAGGUCACUCACUAGUGGGCACUAGAAUAAACAUUGUAUUUUCCGAAUUUUGAGAACUUGACAUUUUGUUGAACUUGAUAGAGACGAGGAACGUAAUCUAAUUUUUCUAAAGUUAUUUCUCAAAGUUUUGUUUCGAUUCCGAGGUUUUCUUGAACUCUUAGGCUAAAUUGCUUUUAUUUUCCAAGGUUAGACAAUCACUUGAAAAUGGAUCCAUCUUUUACAGAUUUCCAAUAAAAGGAGCUUUGAAAGUCAUUUUUUGCUGGUUCAACCGGGGCAACUAUUUUUUUUCAGUGGAAAUGAGAAAUAUCUCCUAGCCAAAAGUGUUAACAAUAAAUUUGCUCAAAACUUUUGCAGACUUGCGUAACACGAACAGAAGGCCCUAUCGACAUCAAAUGUCCCGUAGUCAUUGUGCACGGCACCGACGACAAGGUUGUUUCCAUAUUUCGAUUGGGAGGUUCAGGCUUCGACUUGCGUUAUCAUUCUUCUUUCUUUUUUCAAGUCUCUCACGCUUUUUUCUUUCACUCUUUGAGUUUGUGACAAAAAUGGAUAAAUGUACGACCGGAGUCGCGCCCUGAUACUAAAAAAUGAUGGCGAAAAAUCGUCUUUCCACUCCCAGACUUGUAGAUUUCUCCAGUUGCCUAUGUUAGAAACCAGCAAAAAAUAGACUCAAUGUGUCUGGGAGAAUCUAGAAAAUUGUUCCAAAAAUCAAUAGAUCCCAAAUCUCCGAUUAGUGGAAAAGCGAAACUGCAAUCAAAGCCAGCCUAACACUUCUUGCUGCAGUUGGUUCCCUUCGGGAACUCUGUCAACCUGGAGCGCAGACUUGCCUCCGAUGACGUCACUUUGGUUCCUGUCGAAGGAGGAUCUCACUUUUUCGACGUAUCAAUAUUCCUUCUCAUCUCAUCUAGACUAUGUAUUUCCAGCUCGAUGAGAAGAUCCUGGCCAUUCUGACCGAAUUCCUCGGAAAGAUCGCUGAACCGAAACGUUCAAAACUGUAA